AUGGCGAGCAGUUGCAGCCUACUUGUAGCUAUCACACUGAACUGGUACUGCUUGCACAGUGGAGCUGCGCAAUCAGAUUGUACAAGAGGAGAAAUGCUCCAUACUACAAGAGAAGGAUUAGCUGAAUGUAUUCUGUGUAGAGAUGGAACUUAUAUGGAAGAAGAAAUUCACUCCUACGCGGCAUGUAAGUCUUGUACGUUUAUAGAAGAUCCCGAUGUGGAAGUGUUUGUCAGACGUUGCAAUAAAACCCACGAUUCUGUGAUACUCUGUAAAAGUGGAUUCUACCGGCGUAGAGCCAGGAAUGACAGACAGAAAGACAGGUGUGACGAGUGCACUCACUGUCCACAUCCCACCAGAGCAUGUCAGGGGUACCAGGAUACUGUCUGCUGUCAUCCCAACCAAGAUGCUGUAAUGACCUCUAGUGGCGUGUUUGUCUGUGAGGAGAGACCAGUUGUCUGCGAACCCGGACAGUUCUUUAGUACAUCCACAGAAGAGUGCUUUCCUUGUCCAGCUGGGACUUUCAUGUCUGCACACACCCACACAUACAAGGAAUGUUUAAAGUGUGAACAACUAUCUGAGAACAAUGCCAACCAUGCGAUCAUCACUAUACCCUGCAGUAGAACUGCCCCCACUUUGUUUGGCUGUGAGGAUGGCUACUUCAGGGAUCCCACACAAGAGUCUUCACAGAAGGAAGUUUCAUGUACCCCGUGUCGAAGCUGUGACAGGAGUCUAGUAGACUGUGGCAUGUUCCACGACGCCGUCUGUGAUGACAAGGAGGAGACAACUGCCGCAAUCGUUCCAACAUCAGGUACGGCCAACGAUGCAGAAAACAGUGCAGAAGGAAAGAUGCCGUUUAAUGGCACUUUAGGCUGCGGUGAAAGAAACCAGUGUCUGAAUGCAACAACAGAGCCUUAUCAUCAUGCAACAUUUGACGUUGUUACUUUAGUUGCAUGUGUUACAUUAAUUAUUAUUUUAAUUUCAGCUUUGUGUCAUUUUCCUUCGAAUACGAAACAUGAAGAACAGUUCUAUAAGCGCUCCCACAGGCAGAACUUAAGAAAGAUAUUAGAAAAACUUAGAAAAACUCAUGCCCUGAGAUUUUGCACCAUAUGGGCGAUGUUGUUUGCCUCUCUCUUUAUCUGUAUUCUCCUCACAACCGGGCUCAUUGUAGUGUCUAACGUAUUUUAUAAUGUAUUUGUUACCAUGACCGUUAUUGCCACUGGGGUUUUCAUCAUUGCGGUCAUCAAUGGGCAUACAUGUAGCCGGGGGCAAAGAAACAAGUCAUGUGACGAAAAAGAUGACGAUGAUAGUUCUAAGUUCCGAAAGGCGCAUGAAACGGCCAAUCCUGACACUGAAGAACAAGAAAGGGGAGAACUGGAGGUAGACACAAAAUAUCGAGAAUAA